UCGCCUUUAACGCCAAAAUACCACUGACUGACUUUAAUUACAUGUCUGAAUAAUGGCCUUUCAGACGGAUCCGUUGCAGGCAGAAAAGUGAUGUGAAACUGUGAGGACUUGGUUUCUUAUAAAGCCCUACAGAAUUGGAUUAAGUGCCAAGUUCACCUACACACCAAACCUGCCACCACAAUUCUGCAAGGUAUGCUACAAGAAACCAAGAAUGAUGCGGUGGUGCAGGCGAGGUUCUUUAAUGAUCCUGCUGGGACUUUUGGUGGCAGGACUGGUGCUGAUAUGGGGUAAACCAUUCUGGCCUAUUUAUGCACCCAGGGGCACUACCACAAACCAACCAAAUAUUACUCUUUUCUUUGCCAAUAUUCAUCAGUUGCGGGUUGAGCCUGCUGAAGUACUGAAAACCUGCCAGAACAAGAAAGUUGAUGUGUUGGUGAUUGUACCAACCUCAGCAGCAAACCAUGAAGCUCGAGAAGCUGUUCGAAAAAGCUGGAAUGGUAAUUUCCCAGCAAACUGGCCUGUCAUGUUUUAUCUUGGAGCAACUAAUAAUCCUCGGUUACAGAACGAGAUCACUGAAGAAGGACGACAAUAUGGCGAUAUUACCCAAGACGACAGCUUUUUGGAUUCUUAUAAUAAUCUGACUCUGAAGUCACUAAGCCUUGUCAGCUGGGCUCAUAAAUUCUGCAAAAAUGCUAACUAUGUGCUUAAAAUAGAUGAUGAUGUAUUCCUUAAUACCAAGAAAUUUCAUGAUCUUAUAAUCUGUAUAACCAGUGCCAGGAAUGACAUUUAUAUGAAACUGUUCCAGAAAAAUACAGUAACCCUUGGUGAGGGGGGGGAUCUACUGGAUAAACUUGAAGAAGAAAGUAUGCAGCCAACUUAUUCAAGUGAAUAUUCUGUAUGUGAGUCAUUUAAUCCAUAUGGACUUAUUAACUACUAUGUGAAUGCUAAGAGCCAUGAUUAUGAGUCUUACAUAUUUGGGGGUUACUUGUACAAAGGUGUACAGGCUGACAGGAACCCAAGUUCAAAGUGGUAUCUGGACAGAAGUGUUUAUAGGUAUGACAGGCUCCCUCCAUUCUUAUCAGGCACCGCUUAUAUUAUGUCGUCAAAUAUAAUUCCUCACCUCUUACGAGAGGCCAAGCAACAUCCUGUCAUUGCCCUUGAAGAUGUAUAUAUGUCAGGCAUUAUUGGCAGUCAAGGCCUAAAGUUGAAACUGAGCCAUCUUGAUGGCUGGAGCAGGUUUCGUCCUCAAUGGGAUAGUGUAUGCACUUAUAAUGAACUCUUAACAGCACAUGGGCUCUCACCUGCUGAGCUUUCCUCCAUGUCACUUGCUGUUGCUUCUUUAGACAAUGGUACAUGUGAUGGAAUCCUGACAAACAUUCUGAACAAUAUUAAUUUUCUGAUAUCUUACUUGUUUCCUAGGGUGUCUAAGUAAGUACACCCAAUUAAAGGAUUGAAAACAAUUUCAUUUGCCAUUUAAGGAUAAACUGUUAAACUUAUAAAAAAUGCAUUCAUAUAACCUUCCAUUGAAACGAAAAGAGGGGAAAAAAAAAAACUAUAGAAUAAAGUGUUAAAACAUAUUUCCCUCUUAGGAA